AUGCUCCUGGCCACCGGCAGGGCCUCCGCAGCAGAGGCAGUCAGCCGGCAGACUGAACAGCAUCAGCAGAGCUCCGCUGCUGGACCAGGCCCAGAGCAGCUCCUGCCUCCAGCAUUGGCCAGGCAGAUGUCCCAGUGGGAAGCCCACAAGCAAGACUGGCUCCGAACAUGGAAGGUCCACCUGAGGAAGGAAGGCGUCCAGGCUGAUAGGCAGCUUCCUCUACCAGGACGUUACCUGGCCCUCUUUCCAAGCUCUCCAAGCCUUCAGCGCCUCUUCUGGCAUGCGCGUCCUGCCCGCGGGCGGCGAGAGACGGAGGCGGCGGCGGAGGAGGAGCCGCGGCCGGUUUUGCUGCUGCUCGCCUGGUCCUCCUCCUCUUCGGCGUCAGCGGAGGAGCCGACCGGAGGCAGGAUCCAGCCCGAGAGACUCGGGCAGGUGCGUCCCUGGAGUAGCUGCUGCUGCUCGAGACAGGGGCCAAUGUGGGGGUUCCUGCUGCUGCUGUGCCUGCCCUCUCUGGGCUCCAGGACGCCUCUCAGCACCAACCAGUCCUUGGCCCUCACUGAGGACAAAGCCGGCCAUGGGCUCCAGGGCCCCAGCACCAGCUCCCCGGCCCUGCCAGUGACCCCCACCCUGCUGUCCACCCUCAGCGGAGCCCCUGCCCUGUCCCUCAACCUGGGGCCAAAUUUCCAGAUCAAGGGAUGGAAUCAGGGUGAGGGGGCCCCAGGGGGAGCCAGUGCCAAGUCUGGGCUGCCUCCCACCCAGCCGGCUGCCCCCACCCACUCCCAAGCCCCAGACAGCCACUUCUGGGCAGAGGCCUUGGGAGGAUCUGGUGGGCUGGCCAGCGACCCUGCUGGUGACCUUCCCUCCAAGCCUGGAGGGUGGGUAGGGAAUGGCUCCUCAGCGCCCACUGACCCCGACCUCCUGGGUCCUGCCCCAGCUCCUCAGCGCCCACUCACGCUCUGGCCCAGGCCCAGGGAGAAGGGGCUGGCAGUGCCCACUGCGGAGGACAGCAAAGAGCUUGAAUUCAAGCCUGACACUGAUUUGGCGGCUGGCCUUGGCAAGAAGGGGGGCCUGGCGCCCAACGGCAGCAGCAGCACCGGCCAGCGGUACCCGCUCCUCCCUGGCCUCAGCGCUGGGAUCCCAGAGAUUGCCAGUGAGUCAGAUGCUCCUGGUCUGUUUGGAUCCACGCUGUCCCCAGAGAUGUGGGAACCGCCAGAGCGGAACAUCACCAGCAGCACCCGGGAGCAGCCUGGAGACCCCCGCCCAACCCCCGAGUGGGGCUCGGAGCAAGGGCCAGAGUCCAGCAGCCUUGCCACUUCGCCAGGCAGCGAGGGGGCCUUUGUGGCUCUGCCAGGGUGCCUGCCUGAUCGUCCGGAGGACUGUGGCUCCCCGCUGCCCGACUUGCCCCUGCUCUUCUCGCUGCCCUUGCCAGCCUUCCCCCUCUUUGUGCCGCUCCAUUCAGACUGGGACACAGCCCUGGAGGAAUGGGGCCUGGCCUGGGAGGCCUACAUCUAUGGGGCUGGUGCCCUCUUUGCUCUCCUGGCCCUGCUGUCUCUGGUGGGGCUGCUGGGGCUGCCUUGCCGGUGUCCGGCCGGCGGCAGGCUCCUGGCCUUGCUGCACCUGCUGCUGCUGGGGGCCGGUGGGGCUCGGGCGCUGCUCCUCUUUGGCGACGGGAAUGCGCCGCUGGAGCUGUUCCCUGACUUUGCCGUGCGGCUGCUCCACGACCUGGCGCUCCCGUGCCUGACCUCGGCCUUGGCCAUUGCCAUCCUGCUGCUCUCCCCGCGCUCUGGCUUCCGGACCCCCUGCUUGCUGGCCACCGUGGUCCUGCUGCACUUCUCCGUGGCCACAGGAGCCAUCCUGGCCGCCGAACUGCUCCACCAGCACCCCUUCCUGCUCCUGGCCUCCCGGGGGGUCUUUGCCCUCCUGGCUGCGCUCCUCUCGGCCUCCUUCCUCAUGGUCUACUGCCUGCGGCGAGGGGUGGGCACUGGACAGGCCUGCAAGAGCAAAAGCACCAGCCCCCUGCCCGCUUGCCGAUGCCCCUUUGCUGAUGCCCGGCACUGGAGCCGGGCGGCCUGCACAGCCCUCCCGGCCGCCUCCUCUGGGCUGCUGAGCGCUGGCCUGCACGCUUAUGCCAUCGCACACGUCCUGGGCUACGGCCUGAGGCCCCAGCUCUUCGGGCCCUGGCCGUGGUGGGCCCUGCAGCUGGCCUGCCGGCUCUGCGAGGCGGGGAUGGGGCUGCCCUUGGCCUUCCUGGGCCUGUGCCCGCUCUUCCGCGCUCCCUCCGAGGCCAGCUGCCAGGGCUGCGGGCGGCGCCCCUUGUGCCUGCCUCCAGGCCGCGUGGCCGCCAAGGCCCAGGCACUGCCCAAAGCCUCCCACUGGGCCCUGUCCCAGCACGAGAAGAUGGUCAUCUGUGGCGUCCCCGUCGACCGCAGCGAGUCGGACUGCCUCCCGCUGCGCGCCCUGCCUGCCGCGGAGCCGGGCGACCCCUCCGAGGCCAAGGCGCUCGCCUUCCUCAGCGACCCGACAGCUGGCUUCCGGCCCCCGUCGCCCAUCGACUUGCGGCGCAGCAUCGGGGAGGCUCUGUGCAAGGAGGGGCUCUUCCUGCAGGGCGGAGGGCCCCCCUCCAGCGCCCUCUCGCUCCGCAUGGCCGGGGAGCAGUGGCCAGAGAGCAGCCUGUACCGCACGGCCUCCUGUGUGGAGCUGCUCCCUGCCGGGGCCCCGGCUGACCGGGAGGCCCCCUUGAGCGCCCGCAGGCCCAACGCCACCUUCUGCCCCCUGCGGCCCUGGAGGGGCGGCGGCAGCAGCAGCAGCAGCAGCGGCUGCUCCUCCACUUCUCCCUACAAGCACUCCACAGAGGCCUCCUCCCUGGGGCUCAGCUCCAGCCCCGGGAAAAGCACCCCUCUGGUCCCCCCCGCCUACGGGAGCCCCCUCUGGUCCCCCCCGCUUCCAGCCUGCCCACCCUGGGCCCCGGGCCCCAGCUGCCAGGAGCCCCCGGCUGCUUCUGCUUCAGGGCAGCAGGGGGCGGACACAGCAGCCCUCCUGCAGGACGAGUUCCUCGACGCCUGCCGGCAGAUUGAUGCUCUCAGCGUCGGCAGCGACACCGUAGACUUGUAGGGGGCACCUUAGUGGAGGAAGGGGAGACCCUCCCACACAUGCACACACGCGCCCUCAGGCACGUGCCAUCUCCAUUCGCGGUGGAGCGCAGCGGGGCGGGUGCUGCGCUCAGCCCCAUGGAGAGCCCGGCCCUAGGCCUUCACUUUGCAUGGGCCUCUUUGGAGAGCCACCAGGUCCUGCUUAGGUGGGGUGUGGCUGAGCAUGGGGUGUGUGUGUGCUGAGAUGCCUGCUCUGCCCUAGCCCCAGGGGAAGGAAGGACGGACAGACUGCCAUCCUCACCCCAUUGCUGCCCCGCAGCCUGUUUCCUCCUUGGGUCUGCUAAGGUCUCUGUGUUAGAAAAGAGUUAGGGUUAGAAAAAGGGUCACCCCACACUGCCUCCUCCUCUUAGGUCUUGAUUGCCCUCCACCCGUGGGGCUGCCCUCCAGCAAGAGUUUGCUCCCUCUAGUAGCAACAAGAGAAUGUCUUGCCUUGUUUCGUGAUGAUGGUGACUAAGAAGCAAAGGAAAGUGGCGUGGUGCCCCACCCAUCCAAUAGCCAGGAUGGGAAGGAGAGUGAGAAAUAGAGUUUUAACCUUUAAAUUAUCAAUAAAAGGAUG